GCUGCCAGGACUGAGAUUCAGGAAGAACUGCAGCUUUAACACUUUGAAUGGUCCAGUGGAGUAAACACAAAGUGCUUUUCACAGUCCAGACACCUGAGACACUUGGCAAAUAAAGCGCUCCCAUUGUGGUUUCUUUAGUAUAUAAAUGCAUGUUUCAAAGCAGUAGUCUCAUCGGAUACGCCACUGCAGCAAUUUGUCUGAGAAAAGAAUAACUUUAGAAAAUACUGAAUGCAACAGCUCAGAUACGGAUAGCAAAAAAAAUUCUGUUUCUUUUGGUGUCUAAGUGUUUGCACCCUGUGCCCAUGUUGAUCCUGUUACAUUCGUUUAAGCUAAAUCCUGCACACAUGCACACUGAGGCUGGAAUUUCUCUGGGCAUACCUGCUUUCAUCUUAAAACAGAGUUGAUUAGUCACUGUGAUGACAUUGAAUGCUGAAACAAAACAGUGGGUCCAUUGUCGAGCCUCAGUCCUGGAUUAUCUCCCUCCUAUCAGGUACAUUUUUUUUUUUUUUAAAGGAGUCUGUAGAAGUGGGCCUUCCCAAAAAACUGGGACGGGCUACAGAAUCUCUCUGGAUCGCUUGUUACCUGAAAUUGGACAGGAGAAUCACAGCACACGGCGUUUACCCGCAGAAUAAGAAGAAGAAGAAGAAGAUGGUUUUCCUAACAACGAAAAUGAUGCAGAGGACGGCGCUGUUUGUGUCCUUUGGGAGCUUCGUCACUUCUCUGACCACCGCCUUUUUACCCCUGUGGAAAACGAUGAACUCUGAUCUCAACGAGGUGGAAAACUGGUUUUCAGGGCUUUGGCUCACCUGCCUCUACACGGACGAGAAGGGGAUCCAGUGCAAGGCCUACGAUUCUGUCCUGGGUCUGCCAAUGGAUCUCCAGAUCUCCAGGGUCCUCGUGUUGAUUUCCAUUGGAACCGGAGGUUUUGCCCUGCUGACCGCCUUUGUAGGGCUGGAGGGGGUUGAGAUGUGUGUGAGAAAGCCAGAUGUGAAAAGAGGUCUCCUCAUCUUCAGCGGGGUGAUGACCUGGGUGUCGGGACUCACCACCCUGGCUCCCGUCUCCAUCGUGGCGUACACGACGGUGGUGGACUUCUGGGACGAAGGUUUCCCUGACGUGAUGCCUCGCUGGGAGUGUGGCGAGGCGAUGUUCUCCGGAUGGUUUGGAGGUCUGGGGCAGGUCAUCGGAGGUAGUCUGUUCUUUGUGGCUGUGUGCAUGGGGGACCACGACCUGCAAAGACUGAAGGUCUCUGUCGGUCCGGAGCUGAGGCGCGGCACAAAGAACUACCUGAAGACUGAGGUUCUGUAGCUUUCUGUGUCACAACUAUUAUCGUUUGAAAGAAUGGUAGCAUGAUUUAGCAAGUCAUGAGAUGAAGAAAUGUGAAAAUAUAGCUCUGAUUAAAAACUGCCGCUUUUACGAACAUUACAAGGCUAUGUGCAGUUUCUUUAUAAAAUUAUUUUAAGGUUUAUUUUUCAAAGUGAAGCAGCCCCUGUUUUUUAUGUGAUGUAACUCUGUUGUGAUUUAUUAAACUGAUGCAAUCUUUAUUGUUAUUAUGCAGCCAUAAUCAAUUGUAGUGGGACGCUGGCUCUGAAUGCGCACAUGGCACACUGACACAAAUCAAAAACAACACAAGCAAAGUAUGAGCAUUCCUGGAGAAGACCCUCAGAAAUGCAAAAAGACAACAUGGAAAAAUAAAUGCAUUAAUAAUAUCCAGUGUCCAAAAGAUAUUGAUUUUUAC